AUGCAAAUUCCAGACGCUUUUUGUAUCGCAGAAGUGAAACAAACUGUGAACAAAUUUGCAGAUUCCGUAACACUCACAGUGAAGGGCGAUGUGGCAGUGGUGAAGAUCGAUAAGCAGGGAAUGAAAGAGAACACACUGAGCACGAGUGUUUCACGCGAACUCAUGCAGAUAUUCGACCGCAUUGAAGAUGAUCAAAGUAUCCGAAGUGUUGUGCUGAUGUCAGGAAAACCGAACAGUUUUAUAGCGGGCGCAGAUGUUGGCAUGAUUCUGAGGGUAUAA